AUGGACUGCAAUAACGGCCCUAAGCGGGCGCGUAGUGAGGCGAUGGAGGAGGCCUCCAGCGGGUCGACGACGCCUGCGCAAGGGGGCCAGCCGUCUGCCGCGGCCGAGGCGACCCCGGUGCGCGACCCGGUGCUGGAGGCGCAGCUGGACCAGCUCGGCGUGGACGAGGAGUUCAAGGCGUCGCUGCGAUGCAUGUCGCCGAACACGCGCAGAGAUGUGAUGAACGACAUUAUACGGAGCCAGCAGCAGGAGCGGGUCUCCGCGGAGGCGCCGUUUGAGCUGCUCUCGCUCCUGACCGGCGCCCCCUUUCUGUCGUUCCCCCCCGGCGUAGACGUGCGUCUCUCCAUGGAGGAGGACGAGGAGGAGGAGGAGAGGGACUCGGAGGGCCAGGGCUCGCUCUCGCCCCCGCGGCGCCACUCCCCAGGCAGCGGGACGGACGGCAGGUCCGACACUGCGAGAAGGGACGCAGCGACGCUGCGCGACCGCUUCCUGCGCGCUCAGCUGACGUCGUACCUGCUCCACGUGAUGCGGGGCACGGGGGUUAUCAACACCAUUUCCGAAGCCAUGGCGCAGCGCGCACUGGGCAUGACGGAGGACAUUGACGACAUGUCCUACGAGCAGCUGCUGGAGCUGCAGGAGCGCAUCGGGUACGUCAGCAAGGGGAUUACAAAGGAGCAGAUGCAGCAGUGCACGCAGGAAGUGCCGCGGCCGAAGGAAGGCGCCUGUGUGGUGUGUCAAGCGGAAUGGCAGGAGGGCAGCGAAGAGAAGGAGCGUACGAUGGAGCUGCGGGCGUGCCACCACAUCUUUCACCAGCGCUGCAUUGAGCAGUGGCUGGCCUCCAACAAGACAUGUCCGGUGUGCAAGAAGGAGGUGCUGUGA